CAGGCGAAAGGUGGAGAUGGACAAAAUUUCAUCCAUUGCAUUUCUGAUAUGUUUGAGCUUUUUCAACAUUUUCCCGAAAGGAUGUGCUGCCGACACUUGUUCUUUUUCCCAUCUGCGAAGCUGUGAGUUGACUUAUACUGGGUCUCUGACGGCCAGACGGGGCACAGUGGCAGUAGCGACAGCUGUACGUUGCAGUGCAGCAAAUAUCUUCAUCAGAUGUGCAGAAAGAGUACUUUCAGAUUGCCAAGCCAAGCCUUACGUCACGGGUGUUGACCAGAUAAUCAGCAAAGCGAAACUGGGCAUCGACAGCACGAGACGGGUCCUCUCUGGGCUUACAUGUGGAAAUGGUGCUGGGAUCAAAGUCACAAGUUUGAUUACAAUGGCGACGGGAUUUGCGAUUUUUGUUCCUUUUUAUUAAGUCUCGCAUUGAAAAA